AUGCCAACCUCAUGCGCCGAUCUCAAAAGUACUGGGCACCUCUGGAGUGGCGUCUAUUCUGUCAUUGGCGCCUCGACGGUGGAAACUGUUUACUGCGAUUUCACCAAGCCCAACACCGACCCCGGUUUCCAGACUUUUGUCGGUUACGCCGGCGUCCAAUCCAAACCGACAUACUUCUACGGUCAACUGAACUACAACUGGUACUCUGUCGGAAUUCCAAUUGCAUACGACAGCUUCGUACUAAACGAAGGAGGAGCUUACGACCGAACGACAAAAAAAUUCACAGCACCCGUGGCUGGAAGAUAUUUCUUCUCUUUUACUGGAAGAGCCCAAUCGUAUAACCCUCCAGGCGAUUUCACAUUAGACGUGGAGAUGGUAAAGAACGGCCAGUACGUCGCCAGAGCAGCGGCCGAUGACGGAGCCAAUUCCGAAACACUCUCGAUGCAAUCGAUAUUAAAUCUGAAAGCUGGCGAUCAAGUUUGGACUCAGGUUACGUACAUCACUUCAGGUAUCAGUCUACUCGGUCCCUCUUACACACAUUUCACUGGAUUCCUUCUCGAAGAAGAUGUUUCCCUAUUGCUCAAAGCCCUCAUUUAG